CCGCCGCCCGCCGCCAUGUCCAUCCCCGCGGAUCGCUCUCCCCCGUGGGAGGAAGGCCGUACUUCAAAUCGAGUCAGGUCGUCCUCCACUCCUCCCAGCGGCACGGCGGUCGAGGGACUCACCGACGACCUCCUCGUGGAGAUCCUCUCGCGCGUCCCGGCCAAAUCGCUCUGCCGCUUCAAGUGCGUCUCCAACAACUGGCUGAGCCUCAUCGACCACCCCGACCACCGCAAAAAGCUCCCCCAAGCCCUGGCUGGCUUCCUCCACAGCAGCAGCACCACCUACGAGUGGCGUCUGGAAGCACCCAUCCACUUCACCAGUUUCCCAGGGAGACGCUGCCCUCCGAUCGACACCUCUUGCACCUUCCUGCCCAGCCACCGGCGUGUCGAUAUAUUGGACUGCUGCAACGGCCUCCUCCUCUGCCGCUGGUACGACAUCUCCUCGGAGGGCGACGAGUUCCGUUAUGUCGUGUGCAACCCUGCCACGGAGAAGUGGACCGUAUUGCCGGGCUCCGGCAAGGCCACCAAGGAGGUGGGCGCCGUGUGCUUGGGCUUCGACCCGGCCAUGUCGUCACAUUUCCAUGUGUUCGAGUUGGUAACGGACCAGGUGUUCUACUGGGACCCAGACAUCGUUGGAGUGGCAGUGUAUUCCUCUGAAACGGGUCGAUGGGUUUAUAAGGAGAAGAGAUGGGAUGCGCAUAUCAGGCUCAUCAGUCACGACUUUGCAUCUGUCUUUCUUAGCGGCUAUCUGCAUUUUCAAGCCGACCGCCGCGAGCUUUCCACUUGUCUAGCUGUGGUGGACACGGAGGGGGAGACAUGGAUGGACUUCGACGUCCCUGAUGGUGGUCUGAUCGAUGGUUUCAUUCAGCGGUCACAGGACCGCUUGCACUAUGCCAGUUUUCACGUAGAUGGUGCUGUCAUUCGGCUAGUGGUUUAUGUCCUCGAAAACUAUGAAAGCAAAGAAUGGAUACUGAAGCAUAGCGUCGAGACUUCCUGCUUGUUCGGAGUGAUAGAGUAUUGCCUGGUUGGAGGGGUAGAUUAUUCCAUGGAUGGGGGGUUUGAUUGGGUUGCCAUUGAUCCGGAAUGCAACUUGCUAUUCUUCACUAUUGGGUGGGAGAACAAAUUAAUGUGCUACAGUAUGGAUCGUCGGCAAGUCAAAAUAAUCUCCAAACUUGUAGAUGGCAAGCUGCCAUAUCUGCCAUAUGUGCCGUUGUAUGCAGAGUUGCAGUCACUGCGGAAUUGACAUCAAUAUGGGACUGCUGGUGCCUAUGCAAGAAAUGGAUCUUUAAUAUGAGCCAAUUCUCCGUGCUAUUGAACAGCAGGCUUGGUGUGUUGUGUCUGCUUGAAUCGAGCUCCUGGUUUCUCUGACUGAUGUAUGCAAGCUUUUGAGUUUCGAGAAUGGUGGUUGUCCAUUAUGUAAGUAACUUGGCUGAUUUUGCUGUGAUUAGUUAGUCUAAAUUGUACUGUGCUUUCUGUUGUCUCUACUGCUACGAUCAUAUUGUAAAAUAUUUGCAUCGCGUAGUGUUUGUGCAAGCGCGCUGAUCAUUUUGUAAAAUAUACGAUUAUCAUGCAGAUUAAACUUAUAUCUUCUGUUUGCAGCUGUUGAAAGCAUGAACAUCUUAUUGGCAAUGAUUUACGAAAUGAUCACCUGUAUGCUGAUGAAAUGAUGU